AUGACCAGGUCCAUCAGAACCUAUCACUUCAUUAAAGCAAAAGAAGUCAGAAAAGACUGGAGUGGCUUUAGACUCCUAUGCAUCAAUCUUGGCUUCUCAAAGAAUUAUGAUUUUUCUCUCUGGCAUCCUGAAAGAAUGACAAAUCUAUUAGCGUUAUAUUUGACAGAGACUAUAUUAGAAGAGGAAAUUAUCCCAAACACCAGCUAUAGGAGAGAUGUUCCUUAUUCAGUAAUUCGGUCAACCAUUCCUACCACUUCAUACACAGGAGAUAACGACUGGUUAAUAGUCAGAAGAAGGGUUAGAGUUGUGAAGAUCUCCAUGCAUCCUAACGUCAGUCAAGGCUGCCAGGGAGGCUGUGCAACGUGUUCAGAUUACAAUGGAUGUUUGUCAUGUAAGCCCAGACUCUUUUUUGUUCUGGAAAGGAUUGGCAUGAAGCAGAUCGGAGUAUGUCUCUCUUCAUGUCCAAGUGGAUAUUAUGGAACUCGAUAUCCAGAUAUAAAUAAGUGUACAAAAUGCAAAGCUGACUGUGAUACCUGUUUCAACAAAAAUUUCUGCACAAAGUGUAAAAGUGGAUUUUACUUACAUCUUGGAAAGUGCCUUGACAAUUGCCCAGAAGGGUUGGAAGCCAACAACCAUACUAUGGAGUGUGUCAGUAUCGUUCACUGUGAGGCCAGUGAAUGGAGUCCUUGGAGUCCAUGCACGAAGAAAGGAAAAACAUGUGGCUUCAAAAGGGGGACUGAAACACGCGUCAGAGAAAUAAUACAGCAUCCUUCAGCAAAGGGUAACCUGUGCCCCCCCACAAAUGAGACAAGAAAGUGUACAGUGCAAAGAAAGAAGUGCCAGAAAGGAGAACGAGGAAAAAAAGGAAGAGAGAGGAAAAGAAAAAAACUUAAUAAAGAAGAAAGUAAAGAAGCAGUACCUGACAACAGAGAUGUAGAAUCCAGCAGAGAAGCCGCAGAACAACGAGAAAACAAAGACAAACAGCAGCAGAAGAAGCGAAAAGUCCAAGAUAAACAACAGAAAUCGGUAUCAGUCAGCACUGUACACUAGAGGGUCCCAUGAGAUUGUUGUAGACUCACGAUGCUGCUAUCUCAACCAGAUGCCCAGGACAGGUGCUCUAGCCGUUAAGAUCACAAAUGGACAACAUAUCAGUUACUGCUCUGUCUAACGACAUUCCAAAUAGUUGCUAUAUUCUUCCUACGAGCAUAGUUAACAACCAAGAGCCAAGAGUUCAAAUAGGGGAUACUUUUAAAUGGUCAUCUUGUGUGCUUCUGUGCAUUUUUAAAAGACAAGAAAUUGUGUAUAUAAUUAUCAAUAGGCUAUAAGAUGUAUCAACGUAAUGAUAACAUCUGGAGAAGACACAUCUCUUUCCUAAAAAAUGUGUUUUCAAGCUAUUGUUUGAAGAAGCAAAAGAUAAUCCUGCAAGUUUAAAGAUUCAGUAUCUCUUCAACACAAAUAAGAGGUCAGAAGAGAGAAGCAUCGAUCAAAAGACUGUGUUGUUUUGUCCAGGAGAGCUAGAGAAUGCUCAGCAUUGGGUCCUGGUAUUUGGAAUCAUAGGAUUGAUCAUCACAGAAAUAACUGUUUUAAGAUUAGUUUUAUUGCCCUCAUCCUGUACUUUUGCAAGAAACAUGGGAGUGCAUACCAGAGUUUAAUAUACCGUAUGGGAUUGAAGACAGGCAAAAUGUGGAAGAAACCAUAGAAUUGGAGAUUACCUUUGUGCUUUAACAAAGCUGUGAAGGGUUGUGAUCGCCUGGAACAGGUCUCCAAUCUAUGUCAGCACUGUGUGGUUCAGCCUCUGUUACCCUUGGAUUAUAUAAGUCUGUAAACAUGCGCCUGUAACUUACUUCCAGAAACAAAAUUAUACUUAUUAGAAGAAAAUUCUGAUUUCUUAGAAAACAAACAAAAAAAUAGAGCAAGGAGAUUAUAACAUGUUUGCAAAGUCAUGCGUUUUCUUUCUCUCUCAAUGAAAGAAAAACAAUUUUAUUAUCUGCUUCAUGAUCCACCUGAAACUAAAAGGGAUACUACUUUCUAACAAGGUGUAUCUAGUAGAGGAGAAAGCCACCACAAUAAAUAUAUUUGUUAAUAGUUUUUAAAGUUUUGUUCACUUUCUUUUGCUGUUUGUUUUAUUGAGCAGUUGAUCAAUUUAGAGACCCAUGAAUUAGGAAGAAGGAUAAUUCUGCUAAAGCAGAGAAGCUGUGUCCUGUGUAAUUCAGAACAUCCUACAUUUCUCUGUGUUUGCUUUUUGAAUCCAUAUUUCUCUGAGCCCAUGGAGAUUAAACAUAUAGGAUAUUAGGAGACAGAUAUUCAGCUUUCUUAUUUUAAUCAAGAAAAUGUUAGUUACAGACACAUGGGCCUACCUAAAUGAUGUCACUGCUCCCUCUUCAUUGCUUGGAAAUAAGCAUCUUUUCUUGUGUAUCAGUUUCCUGCAUCUUCAACAUUUAGCCUUUAUCAUCUCUGUAUUUUCUCAGUCUGUGGAUUUCUUUUGGGAAUUGAAGUCCCCCUAGGGGAAGGCCUCACCGGUGUUUCACAGAAGAUAUAGCUGGCAUCUCUGAGUGUGUAGCACAGAAUUUCAUUACUCCCAUCCCACCUCCCCUCCAACCUUACUGUUGUCAUGGAAGAACACACAACUGUUCUAUCAUGCCUCCCAGACCUCUCAAAAUCCCUCCUUUCUGAAGAAUUUGCAGUUCAUCUGGCUUCUGGCUGCCUCUCUCUCUGGAAACCCUUUCUCUAUUAACCAUAUUGUUCAUGUGAACUGCUUGGCUUAAUUGAUUUUCCACUUCUCUUUUCCUCUUCUAAGACAUAAAAAUUUUAAAUGAUGUA